AGUGAGCAGGCGCUGGUCCACAUGCCUCAGCGGACCACCCUGCACCGGGCAGCCAUGGUGGGGAACAGAGACUCUGUGGCUGCUCUGAUCCAGGGGGGCUGUGCUCUGGACCUGCAGGACAAAGACGGCAACACGGCGCUGCAUGAGGUGUCCUGGCAUGGUUUCUCUCACUGCGUUAAACUGCUGGUCAAGGCAGGAGCUGACGUCAACAUCAGGAACAAGGCAGGACAUACAGCCCUCCACCUGUCCUGUCAGAACGCACACGCUCAGACCACCCGCCUGCUGCUGCUCGGGGGAUCCACACCAGACACCAAGAACAAUGCGGGGGACACCUGUCUGCAUGUGGCUGCUCGCUACAACAACCUGACGCUGGCUAAAACCCUGCUGAGCUCCCUGUGCUCUGUGACACAGAGAAACCAGGCGGGGGACACAGCUCUCCAUGUAGUUGCUGCUCUGAACCAUAAGAAGAUGGUGCAGCUCUUACUGGAGGCAGGGACUGAUGGGAAAGUGAGGAACAACUCAGGUAAAACAGCCCUGGAUAAGGCCAGAGAUAACAACCACAAAGAUGUGGCCCACCUCCUGGCCAGAGCUCCUCAGGUACAUCGCUUCAUGCGAGGAAGAACAAUCAGGAAACGGAGAGAAAGACUGACCGCUGAGCGCAGGAGCCAAUCAUUCACCAGAGAAGAAACUCUUCCAAACAAAGACAGCAGUUCUCUGGAGGACUCCCCCAGCAGUGACCAAACAGAGAGCAGGACUGCCCUCAGGGGGGGGUCCUGCCAGCAGCAGAAGCUGCAGAAGUACUACAACAAGACCUUCGCCCCCACCAACAGCCCCCCAAGCCAGAGGAAGAGGAGAGGCAAGGAGCAGGCUGUAAAUGAAAAUGAAGUGAAGAAAAGUGAGAAUAACCCCAAGAAGAAUCUGCUCUGGGACGAGGCUGAAGAUUUUGUUCAGAAUGGAAAAGUCUAUCAGCUUUACACACUGUACCGUGACAAGGAUGGCAACAUCAAACAGACACAGGCCAGUGGGUGCCACUGUAAGCCCCUGCUGGAGAAGCUGGAGGGCCAGCUGACAGAAACUCAGGAGGAGAUGAGGCUGCACAUCCUCAACGUCCAGGAGCAGGUCAACCGGAGACUCAGCAAGAUGGACCACAGGAACAGACACCAGAUGAAGGUGCUGGACCUCCUGAGUGAGCAGAGAGCCGCAGCAGAGAGGAGGAGGACGGGGUUCAGGAUCGAGCAGAGAGCCGCCCAGGGCCGGGAGGAGGCCCUCAUGACACAGGCCGCGGUGAGUCACGAGCUGAAGAGGUGGUGUGUGUCCCAGCUGAAGGACAUGGACGCUCCCCUCCCAGCCAGAGGCCAGUACUACCACCUCCUCCCCUCGCAGUCUGUGGAGCAGUGUGUAGCAGACGCUGACCUGGAGUCAGUGCCCCUGCUGUCGGUGCUGUCCGGAGACAGCAGCACGUCCCUGGCUACCUACGUCAACAUCCUGCCGUCCAGAUCCUCCUUCAGUGUGGGGGGGCCGGAGCCGGACAUGGUGGGGGGCAAGACCUACUUUGAAAUGAAAGUGGACAGGUCACCAGAUGACUACGAGAACACCACCCUGUUCCCUCUGCCUGCUAGCAGCAGCUCCGGGCUCCUGCUGGCCUCUGGAGACCCCCUGUGGCAGCUGCCAGGGGGGCCGGACAGUCCCAUCACAGCAGUGGUGCCCAUGUGUGGGGGGGGCUUCUCAAGCAGCACCAGCCAGUCCAGCCUCAGCACCCCGGCCCCUCCCCUGACCCAGCACCAGCUCUACAACACACACUUUGCAGAGGUGUGUGUGCAGAGGAGGGCGGGGGUCCCCACUGAGAGCACCACCACCCUGGAGUUCUUCUUCGACCGGCCUCCUGAGCCCACCUUCACUCAGGAGAGGAACAGUCAGCAUGCCAUGGAGGUGACUCAGCGGUUCUUUGAGACGGUGUCGGUUCAGUUGGAGCGCUGGUACGAGAGGAAGGUGGCGCAGGUGGAGCAGCAGACGGAGCUCUCAGCUCGGCAGGACAAGAGGGAGCUGCUGCAGAGAAUAAACGCCCUGGAGGAGGAGCUAGAGAGGCUGAAGACCAACGAGAACGCAGACAGCUGA